AAAAUAAAGAAAAAUUUACGUGAAAAUUAUUAGAAAAAAAUUAAAAAUGAAAUUUUUAAUAAUUAAUUUUGGAAUUCACAUUUUAUUAUUAUCAUAUAAUAUAGUGGAAAUAUUUGGUGAUGAAGAAGAAUUUGAUGUUGAUAGUAAUAUUUUAGAUCAUAAAGUAUUUUAUUGUAAACCAGAUUUAUGUAAAAUAUGGAAUGGAACCGAUUAUAAUUAUUUGAAACAUAUUGGAUGUAAUAAUGAUGGUGAAUUUGGUUCCGAUUGUCCAACAGAUGCUACUAUGGUAGAUAUGAAUCAAAGACGUAUUAAUUUAAUACUUGAUUUACAUAAUAUUGCUAGAAAUAAAAUAGCAAUGGGUGAAGUACCAGGUUUUGAACCAGCUGAAAAUAUGCCAGUUUUAAAAUGGGAUAAUGAAUUACAAUUUCUUGCUGGUCUUAAUGCUAAACGUUGUCGUUUCGAACAUGAUAUGUGUAGAAAUACAGAUAAAUUUGAAAUUAGUGGACAAAAUGUUGGUAUCAGUUGGCAAAAACCAGCUUUUCAUUCAAAUUCAAAACGAAUAAAAUUAAUUGUUGGCUUAUGGUUUAAUGAACAUAAAGAUGCAAAUCAAUCGUUUAUUGAUGCAUAUGAAGAUCGUACAGAUGGAAAAAAAAUUGGUCAUUUUACACUAAUGGUAUCAGAUCGUGUUAAAAAAGUUGGAUGUUCAGCUGUAAGAUUUAGUAAUGAUAUACGUGGUAGAGCAUUAUAUGUCGUAUGUAAUUAUGAUUAUAAUAGUAUUUAUGGUGAAUCAAUUUAUAAAUCUGGUCCAUCAGCAUCAAAUUGUGAUUUCCGUAAGAGUGGUAGAUAUCGUGGUUUAUGUGAUUAUGAUGCUGAUUAUGAUGAAAGUGAUGAAAGUAAUGAAAUUGAUAAAAAUUUAUUAGAAAUUUCGGAAUUGCUUUAACACGACAAAAGAAUCACAUAUUUUAUCUUUUAAUAAUUAUUAAGAAGUUGAAAAAGAAAUUAUUUUGUUCUUCUAUUAAAUUGUUAAAUAUUGUUUUUUAUAUUUUUUUUAUUCAUUAUAUUAAUGUACAAUUAUACAUUUAUUUUGUGUAAUAUAUUUUAUUGUGUUCUAAAGUUUGAA